CAUUUGUUGAUCAAAUCAAGUAGGUAGCAAGUCAAUAUUUUGUACUACUGUAUUGUUUGCCAGUUUUUGUAUUAAUUAAAGGAGUAUUUUGCGGAGGGAACCUGUGAAAUCCGGUGAAAAUUACAUUCGAUCGGGAGAACUGGAGAUUUAUUUAGAUAUCGGGUGACACCCGACAGGAUCAGUUUUACUCUUCUUUGGAAUUGUAUCAAAACCUGAUGGUCUUACAACUGAGACAUUUGCUGCCUUGUUUCAUCUGCAUUGCAUCAGAUUCUCUACCAAUAUGAAAUCUAAAUCUAAUUUAUAAUUGAAGAAGUUUAAUAAACCGUCAAUCAGGAUGUCAAGACAAGAGCAACUAAAGAGUACAAGGUCCUACAUCUGGUACACAGGCCAUGUUCUUGGAACAGGAGCUACCUCUAAUGUGUAUAUUGGUAGACACAAGAAAACGGGAGAACAAGUAGCUGUAAAAACGUUCAACAGUGCAUCAUUUUCUCGACCACAUGAAGUCCAAGUACGGGAACUAGAUGUAAUUAGAAAACUAAAGCACAAGAAUAUUGUGGACUUGUUAGCGAUUGAAGAUGACCAGAUCACCAAACAACCUGUUAUCAUUAUGGAACUGUGUAUGGGAGGAUCCCUGUACAGCAUACUGGAGGAACCCCAGAAUAUCUUUGGACUGAAAGAGGAAGAGUUCCUGAUAGUUUUGAGGGAUGUCACCUCUGGAAUGAAAUACCUACGGGAAACUAAUAUUGUUCAUCGGGACCUGAAGCCAGGAAAUAUAAUGAGAGUUAUCGCAGAGGAUAACACAUCUAUUUAUAAGUUGGCAGAUUUUGGCGCAGCUAGAGAACUUCAAGAAGGAGGAGAGUUCAUGUCUCUCUAUGGGACAGAAGAAUAUUUGCAUCCAGACUUGUACCAGAGGGCAGUACUGAAAGUGGCAAAUCGAGGCAGGUAUUCUGCUAAGAUUGAUUUGUGGUCAGUUGGAGUGACCUUCUACCAUGUUGCAACUGGACAAUUACCAUUCAGGCCUUAUGGUGGCCGAAAAAAUAGAGAAACAAUGAUUUUUCUGACUACAAAGAAACCGAAUGGCGUGAUCAGCGGUGUCCAACAUGAAUCACCAAAUGGAAAGAUUGAUUGGUCCAGCCAACUCCCGGAAACAUGUCAUUUACCAAGACCUCUUAAGAGGCAAGUCCGACUGUUGCUUGCUGGGUUGUUGGAAUGUGAACUGGAUAAAAUGUUGUCGUUCAAUGAUUACUUCCACAUGGUCCAGGAAAUUCUUAAUCUUCAGAAGGUACAUGUGUUCAAUGCGGUCACUGCGCAAACAGUCAACAUCUACAUUCAUCCAGGGAGUGGAUGGGACAAGUUUACGAAAAGUGUUGAGGAGGAGACGCACAUUUCAACAGAACAGCAACUUUUGUGUUUCAAAGAUCAGAUCCUAGAUGUGAAUACUAUCUCUAUGGAUAACAGGAACUAUCCAGAGACCACGGCUCAGAAUCCAAUUAUCUUGCUUAGAAAGGACCUGAAGAAGUUUCCAUCACCCAUUCCACCUGAUAAACCCAAACUUCCCAAGAUCGCGACACCAUACAGCCUUGAAAAUGAUGCUCCUCUUGCAAAGAUUUGUUGCGGUUCAAUGUACUAUUACUUGACAAUUGUGCAGAGCCUCCUUUUGAUGCAAGAACAGAUGCGAUUAGCUGUAAACUGCUUCUGUGGGAUCUUGCAAAAUAAAAUCAAAGAGAGCCAGGUCAACCUUGAGACACUGAAGACCCACAAAGUAUAUAUUGAAGAAAAUUGUAAGUGGUUGAUGUCAAAUUUGGAUAUUGAUCUCCUACAAAUUAUUCCUGAUCAUUUGAAAGAUGAAAUCAAUGAAGAGUUGGAGAUGAGAGCCGCCUUACUGAAGGAGCAGCUGAUGCUAAUGCAGCAAGAAUACAAUCAAGAGAUAUUGGUAAAUUCAGUGCAUCCACUCUUUGACGAGUUUCAUAAACUCUUCAGAAAAAUCAUCCAGGAUAAUGUCUUGGAAGUUUCAUAUGAUGACCAGCAGAAGUGCCAGCCACAUGAACAUUGUUAUAAUAGAUUUGAAGUGCUGGUCAAAGGCACAAAAACAAUUUCGGAUCAAUUUCGGGAUGAUAAACGUGCCAAGCGUCUCGCUUACAAUGAGGAACAAAUACACAAAAUGGACAAACAAAAAUUGAGUAUGCAGUGCACACAGGGAAUGAGCUUACUCAACGAACAUUGUGAAUUAAAGUGGAGAGAGCAACACAACAGGCUUGGCAGCUGGUACACGAGAGCCUUUUUUGAGUUUCAGUCAGUCAUGAUCUUACUGCAGAAUACCGAAAACACAAUUAGAAUAUAUUGCGUUUUCAGAGAUCGUCUUGAUAAGCUCAAACGUCAACAUGAUAAAAUAAGUGACGAUGUCAAACAAGUGCUGAGGAAAGCUUUUCAGAAGAAGGACACCCUCUAUUUAAAAGGCAAAGAGCCUAGUCAAGCUAGGUCAAUGAUGAGCCCGACUUUCAUCCAUACCAGUCAGGAAAGAAUCAAAAGGAAAAAACAUGCACUUGUUACUAAAGACCAGUUUAAUCAAUUGAAUAGUUGUCAGGAAGAUAUGAGGAAGAUGAGGGGUGAUGUCCAGCAGGGUGUUUCUUUCAUGAGGAGCAUUACUGAAGAAAUAAAGUAGUAGAUCAUCUGUGAUGGUUGUGCUCCCCACCCUCACCAAGGAAGGCUGGACUGAAAGGCCUUCGGCUGAAUAAAGCAGUGCAACUGACUAUGGCAUCAUAAAUUGAGAUUGCAUUAGAAGUGUGAAGUGCAUUCUUAAUUCUUAGUCUGCCCAAGGUCAGACCAACCUUUUGUAGUUUUCUUUUAACCAAGGUUUAUUUUUUUGUGAUGGUUAUUUCCACAGACACAUACUGUACAUGCAUUGCUGAGUAUGAAAGUCUUUUUUUUUUUUUGGUUUAAUUGAUCUGUUGUGUUUUAUUUGUGAUCCCUUUCAUAGAAGCUUAAACUAAUUAAUCUGUUUGUGAUCUCCCAUUUGAUAUGAGAAGCUCUAGACAAUGUCUUGUAAUCCGUUAUGAAAAUGUAUACAGUAUGUAAUUAAAGUAGUUGGAUAAAUAAAUAUGUACAACUAUAACAUGAAGACAGAGACAGUAUGACAAACCUAUGAUCUACAGCUUACCCUCAAAAUGAAAAAUAUCCCAAUGUAGCUUUUUUAGUCAAUAAAAGUCAAUGAAAUAUCAUAGAAGUAAUUUGCCUAUAAACCAUAUAUGUAGGUAUAACUUGUACGUACUUGUUUACUUACAUGAUAGGGACCCUCAAAAGCCAAUUCCUUACGAUAAGCCUCCCUUGCAUGGGCUCGCACAUAGGUGUGCAUAUAUCUAUGUGUAUAUAUAUUUAUCUUUUGGGGAUCAUGCUGUUAACCUGCACGCGGUGAUCCCUGCUACAACGUUUUCCAACGUGAACUGAUAACAGCGACAAGGAAUUGCUAUGUUGAUCGCCAUAAAGCAGCUACUUUUUAAGCAUUCUCCACACUAUCAUCACAUUUGUGUGUGAUUUUCCCAUUAUAUUUACAUGAUGAUGCCAUAUCACAUCCAUAUGCCAUAUCAUGUCCAUAUAUGUACAGAAUGCCAUAUCAUGUCCGUAUAUGGACAUGAUGAUGACGUAUCAAGUUCAUAUAUGGACGUGAUAAUGCCAUAUCACAUCCGUAUAUGGACAUGAUGAUGCCAUAUCACACCCAUAUGCCAUAUCAUGUCCAUAUAUGUACAUGAUGCCAUAUCAUGUCCAUAUAUGGACAUGAUGAUGACAUAUCACAUCAAUAUAUGGACAUGAUGAUGCCAUAUUAUGUCCAUUAUAUGGACAUAAUGAUUUCAUAAUUAUAUAUUCAACAAUAUUUCACAAGAGGUUCAAAGAGGACCUCAUACAGUAAAUACAAAAGUAUUAGUAUGUAGGUUCAAAUACAAAGACAUUAUAAAAAAGACAUAAAAUCUCUAUAAUUUACAUCAGCAUAACAACCAAUCAAUACAAAAUUUCUCAUUUUUAUAUCACAGCCUUUAAUAUUUGGGCAAAUCACAGAUAUUUGUCACCAAAAUAAUGAUAGUGUGGACAGAACUCUAGUUUUUCUUUGGUUUUCCACAUGAACAAACAUUUUUCAAUUAUGGCUUUAAAGGCCAACAUGGACAGCAUCAUUUGACGCAGCCCGACGUGAUUUGUAAUCGUGCUAGGUUUGUCAUCAGGGACAGUUGGAAAAUGUUUAAUAUUCUCACGACGCUGUUGUACUUGGCCUUAAUAGAUAACAUAGUGGUAGGAAUAGAUGAUGAAUGAGGAAACUAUACAAUAACAGUCCAUGAAGUAACUCAAAAAGUUUCAUAAAGAGUAUUACUGAUGAUAGGACUGACAAAGUGGGAUUAUUUGAUGAUAUUAUAGCAAAAGAAAUGUGUAAAUAUUUUAAAAACAAGCUAGAAAUUAAAAAUAAAAUACUAAUUUUAGUUUGUCUUGAUCUGCUCCAAGCUCAGCCAUGUAGUACUUGUGCCCUCACCUAGAUUCACCACACACAGCCGUUGAUGAAUUAACAAGCUAAAAAAAAAAAAAUUGACAAUCCAUACUUGGUCAAGUAAUAAUGGGAUGAAAGCAAGCCAUUCAUUAAUGAUAUGCAAGCCUAGCUGUGCUCACAUACUAGUUACUAAUCUAAUUACAAGAUAAAGAGGAAUAUAAACUAAUGCCUGGGUUAACAACAGGGUUAUGUCUGAACAGUCCUAUAUCUUCAUACCUGAUACUGUCCAGCUGAGUUUAACCCUGAUGAAAUCCAAUAAAAAUAUUUUUUAUCUCUUUAAAAUUUGUGAGACUUGGUACAGCCAGUAAAAUCUGUGAUUUUAUACUUUGUUUAAUAUGUUAUUAUUCUGGACAUUGCUUUUCUUAUUCCUUUAAUUGCUUGAUUGGGUUUAUUCAGUGUGAACACCAAGGAUAACCCACCAAAGUAUGAAGAGGACUUAUUUCAAGUAGAUUUCUUCUGAUGGUGAUUGGGCGGAACAUCAGUAGGCAACCCCCUACUCUUUUCCAAAGACUGUACUGUGUUCUUUAACAUGCACAUGGGCCAUAUUGCACAUGGGACCAACGACUUUAACGUCUCAUCCAAAAAACAGUGCGCUAUUGAAAGUUAAUAUAUUUCAGACCUCCAGCUGAAACAAAAAUGAGAGCAGUGGUAAUUCAACCGGUGACCAAGGGAUAUCUACGGUUCACACAGUGGCUACCACCAGUUUAGCCAACUGAGCUAAGCUGCUCUAACCUUUGAUCAGUUGUUUGACUUGUAAGCCACAUGUGAUGUUUAAGUUUAAUUUUAAAUCCUCCUAUUUGUGCUUGGUAUUCAGAGACCAUACUUUCUGUAGCUUUGGAGCCUCGGUAAUGAAAAACUUGCACUUCUGUAACUGAUUAUGUCAUCUUUACACACAAAGUUACUUUUAAUCUAAACAUUAAGUAAUUUUAUAGAACAAAUUGGAAGUCUUCAUGUAUAAUUAUGUUUUCCACAUUUGUAUAGUGAAUACAUUCCUAAAAUAAUACAGUAUGUAUUUAAAUAGUUGUAGUAGACAACUAUUCAUGUUACCGUCACAAUCCCUUACAAAUCAAUGUUCCCUGUGAAUAUAAUCCACUUCCCAAAUAAAUUCUCGCACCCUGAAUAAACUCCUCUCACAAAAUACACUCCCCCAUCGUCAUUUGGAACAAUGCAAAAUUUUAAAAAAUACCGUAAUUAUUAUUGGUAGCCAAUGACUGAAGAAAAUAGUAUGUAAAUUUAGGUAAAGAAGGUUCUAUGUAACAAAUAAAACAAUAUUAGGAAACAUGAGACACUCGUCCAGGGGCAUAUCCAACAGCAUCCCUCUUGUACUGGGUUCGAUGGGAAUAAAUACGAUCCCGGCCCAGUGAGUGUCAACACGUACAAUAAUAAUCACACGGCCAACUGUUGGAUUCCAUGCAAUUUAUUAAGCACGGUGAAAACUAUAAAUAAAAUAACAAGUUAUAAUUAGAACGAGUUAAUUACUUCUACUAAUCACCAUAUCACAUUUUAUCACAAUAAUACGAUCAGUCCUAGUGACGUUAUUAUUAUAAUAAUACCUACAUACGUAUUAAAAUAACGUACUUUACUAUCGGCGUUUACUUAUAUUUUAUGGGCGUAUAUCUUACCGUUAAUAUUGCCUACAUUAUAUACUGUACAUACAUAUAAUAUCUUAUCGUUCAUGUUGUCUGCAUAUAUUAACAAUAUACAUUUAAUUACUUACACGACUGUUCAGGCGAUAUGUGUCUGAUACCUGUAGCUCUUAUUGAUGUAAUGCAUCUUAAGAACGAAACGUACGGUAUAUGUCCGUUCCGCACGCUCGCGAUUACAUGCGUGCGCGAUGGCGCUAUCGAAUUUCUAAAGAACGUGUGUAGCGCGUUACACCUCUAUUUGGCUACUACAUUUUUUAUUUAAAUGCAUACCAAUACCAUGUGUUAGAAAAUAGAAUACAAAACAACAUGUUUCAAUAGAGCCUUCAGCCCCUUUGUUAUACCACAGCUGCUGGCACUCCCCACUUAUAUUCUGAUCAUUGGUACACCCACCCCUAGUUUGGCAAAUUCUGGAUCUACCCCCGACGACUGAUUUCAAACAGAAACUUACUAAAACCUGUUGACGUGUAUGUCAACAACCCUAGUUGCACCAAACAAAAUAUAAUGUGGUUUUGAAUUCAAAUUUGCUAUGAUAUUUCAUUGACCAUAUUUGACAUAAUUUUCCCCCUUAGUACUAAUAGGCCAACUAUUCUACAAUUUAUAAUUUUUAAAUCUUUAUAAUUUAUUUUGGAGGGAGAAAAAUUGAAUUCGCAGGUUGGAGAACCAAUGCUUUUACAAGAAAAGAAGAAAAAUUUUAAUAAUUAUUAUUUAACAUUGUAUUUUCAUUUCAUUACAAUUCAUGUAGUAUUAUGCAUUUUUCUGCAUACAUUAAUACAUGUAUUAUACCUCCUUCCAUAUUUCAAAAAGAAGAAAUUAAUCAGAGUGAGAAAAGGUUAGGAAUUCAAGAGAUUUUUUUUUCUGUAGUUUUGACUGCAUGAUAUGAUUUUCCAGAGAUUAGGACCUGUAUAUAGAAUGUUGAUGUUAAUGAGAAACAAAGUUUUAUACACUAAUGGAAAACGUUUGGAGGGAGAUCAUUUUGUGUUGUUGAUGAAUUAAUGUAAUAUCAAUUAAAUGUACCGGUAUUUAUUGUAGUAUUGUAGUCUGUACACCAAUUAAAUAACAAGUGCAAAUAACUACCAUGUGUUGCAAGCGAAACCCAUCUACUAAUUACCAAUAUUCUCCUCAUAGAAUUAGGCCUUACUGUAAACUAUUUUCAUCAAUAUUUACAGGUAGUAUAAAAUUACUUGAUAAAGUGGUGUCUGGAGAUCGAACAAAGUCCGUACAUUUACUAAUCAUUGUAAUUAAAUGUUAAUAUAAUUUUUCAGGCCAAAACUCAUAAUUUUUUCAACUUGUAUUACAUAAAUAGAUAGCUGGCUUAAGAUCAGUGAAUGAAUUCAAGAUAAUGCUUCUUACAAGGCACUCAAUGGUGUUGCACCGAAAUACAUUUCUGACAUUCUUAAACCUAAAUCCAUAACACGCCUUCUCAUAUCAUCUAGUAUAAAGCAGCUUCUUGAACAAAGCAAAUGGAAACUGAAAAAUUUUGGAAAACGUUCAUUUUCACUUGUUGCCCAUAUAUAUAUAUACCUGUAUAUAUAUUAUGGAAUGCCUUAUGCACUGACAUCCGUGUUUAUCUUCAAGCAUUUUUCUUUUCAAUAAAUGGUUAAAAGCUUAACUAUUUUCAAUCUCAUACUGAGUAAUUGACACAGAAAUGUAGAUAUGUAAAUAGCUUUUCUUUUACAAUUUCAUAAGUUAAAUUUAUUAUGUGCACUUUGAAUAAUGCCGUCAUUAGCGCCACUGAACAUUGUACCUGCCGUGGAUACUGACACUUUACAAAUUACUAUUGAUUAAUCAAUCAAUAGUAAUUAAAUUUAAUAAUAAUUAAAUUAAUUAAUUAAUUUAAUUUUAAUUUUUAAUAAAAUUACUUGAUGAAGUGUAGUGUGGAGAUCGAAGAAAGUCGGUACAUUUACUGAUCAUCAUUGUAAUUAAAUGUAAAUAUGAUUUUUCAUGUCUAAAAUUCAUUUUUGUUCAAUUUAAAUUUCAUACCUUAAUAGUUGUUACGAAUUUAAAAUUUCUUGCUAGUCUCCAUGUGCUUGUGACUAAAGUAAUAAUGUCUCAGUUUGAGGAGAUUGUCACAGUACAGAUAACAUAAUAAAGGUAGUGGGGGACCAGUCAAACUUUAUCUCCAGCAGAAUCUUGCAUGGCACACACACAUUGAGUAUAUGGCUAAACGCUGCGCACCCAGGAUGUAUUUUUUGAAGUAACUUCGCUGCUCUGGUUUAUCCAAAUUUCUGUAAUGGGAAAGCCGAUUCAUAUGUUUGCAUCUCAAAAGUAGCUCGUAGUAUUAAAUAGAUGAGCUACGAUAAUUCAAUGCAGUCAGUCUUACAGUAAUACACAAGUUUUAUACCGGUAAGAUUAAUUACUUACUGUAUUAACAUAGGCCAAAUAAUGUAUAAUAAAAACCAAAAUAUUAAAAUAUUUAAAAACAGUUACAUUAAAACAUGAGUUGAAAAUUAAAACAUAUUAUCCGCAACCAAUCUAUGUGAGUAUUGUAAUAUUACUGAAAAUGAAGAGCACAUGCUAUUUAAAUGCAAAGAUAUAGAAGCAUGUUAGGCGAAAUUAGACACUAUGAUGCGAUUAUGUUUUUAAAUAUAUGAUAAAGUACAAUGGAACAAAAUCGUUAUUAGAAGCUAUAGCGAAAGAUUGAACGAAAUGAUUUCAAUUUUGACGUUUUGUAUUUAUAAAGUUAAAAUAAUGAAUAGAUUAUGUUUGAGGACAAAAUUUCCUUGGGUGAUGUUUUUAUCUGAACUAUUUUCUUGUUCAGCAAAAUGGUGUACAAAAUUACAAAAUUCAUGUUUAUCUUCUUUCGAUUUUAAUUGUUAAACUUCAAUUUCCUUACAAAUUGCAACAAAGAUUACUUCGAACAUUGUUAAAUCAAUAUUGAUUUCUUGAUAAUUAUUAAAAUAUGUACCAUCUUAUAUACUUAUAUCAAUUUAAAGUAACAUGAGCUGCCAUUGUUUUACAAUUUUCCCAGUUUACAAAAUAUAAUAAAAAAAUAAAUAAAUAAAUAAAUAAUUAAGUCAGUACGUCUAAUAAUGACCAUUGUAAUUAAAUUUAUAUUAUUUCUCAAAUAUUAUUUUUCAUGUAUAAUUCAUACAUUUGUUUCAAUAUUAAUUACAUACAUAAAUUUGUCAUGUAAAGUUUUGUGUUUUACUUCAUCAUUAAAUUAUAACACUGUUAAAUAAAUAUUUUGAUUUUAUGCACAUUUUUACAUAAUAUUCCAUAUAUUUAACUUUCACAUUGUAAUUAUCCUUGUAAUAGCUUAAAUUAUUUAUGAUUGUAAUAAUUUAAAUAUUAUUUAGUUAUUUGAGCUACCAGUGCAUUAUUAUUCACUGCAUGCAAUGUUUACACUUUUUCCAAUAGUUCUCAAAAUAUAAUAAAAACAGAAAGGAACAAGUGUCAUGUACAAUAUUGUCCUUUACAACAUCAUUGUAUUAACACUGUAAAUAUUGUAUAAUUUCAUUUCAAGAUAUACAGUAUACAUUUUUACAUAUUUUUUCCAUACAUUUAAUUUCUGCACAUUCAUUAAAUAGCUUGUUAAAUUAUUAUUACUGUACCGACACUUAUUAGUUGCUGGAGCUUUCAAUUCUUAUUUUUCACUGCAUGUAAUUUUAAGUUUUUUGCGCUAGUUUACAAAACCAUAGAAUGAAUAAAAGGAGUCAAUAAAAUUUUAAAGGUAUUACAAGGGAUAAUUAUCUGAAAAAGCACUUAGAAUCAUAGAGGUAAAAAGAAAGGUGAAAAGGAUUUGUAUUUUAAGAAAAAUCAGCAAAUAAAAAAGGAAUGUAGUGUCACCUGCAAGUGGCGAUUAUUCGCUGUUUGAAAUAAAUAUAAACAUAACUGCUAUAUCUUAAAUGUGAUCAUCAUACAAUUAAUCAUAUCUUAUGCCGGCGGAUUUAUCUCCCUUAGAGAUACCCAAUCAAUAAGUAUUAUUAUAUAAACCUGUACUGUAUGUUGCAAUUAUAUUUAUCAUAGACUGUAUUUUAAACUGUUAGUUGAUUGAUGUUAUGUAACAAAAAACAUGGAAAUAAAGAGACAUUGCAUUUCAAA